GGAUAUACCUGAAUUUCAGAGUUGAUAUUUACACUGGAACUCCAAUCCAGUACCGUUCGGUUCAAACGCCAUCGCGUUCUCCACAUAGCUAUUGAGUCGUCAUAACCACCUGCUUGUACAAUGGCGUGAAGUUAAAAUUCACUUGGUGUUUUUUUGCUUGUGUCAUCCCAUUGUUAUUUAUAUUUUACAUCAAGAACUUACCUUAGUUAAACAACCAGUAAAAACCAGGAGAUUUUAGACAGUUGAGAUGGUGGAGAAGAUUUAUAGCUCAGGUGGAUGAUUUUGGUGGAAUUUUGUUCUUUGAGCUGGAUGACUUGGUUGUCUUUUUUGUGACUGGUAGUUUCGACAGGUUGACCAUGCAAUUGUUUGUGUUUUCUCCCAUGGGUGGUUUUGAGAUAUCGAUUAGUUUCUUCUUUGUUCCCCGUGUCGUUUUCAUGAUAUUUCGAUGGCUAUUGUCAAGAUUUUCAUAUGUUCUGACGUGAGUGUUCUUUGUAGUUUCAUCUUUUGGUCCACUAUUACGUGUUGUUAUUUGCGGAUCCUACAAUGUGCAUCCGUUAUCAUUAGGUGUACCGUUUUUCUCCCACUUUGUUCAGCUAUUCUCCAUGCGACGACCAAACCAUCCAUCUGAGAGAACAAAACUCUACCAAAAUAUUAAACAGUUGUUUUAUCGUAGUAUAAAACGUCAUAAUAGCGUAAAUAAGGCUAAAACCUUCAAGUCUUAUGGAGUGUGUUCAAUAUUUAAGCCAGUCAUUUGCCAAUCAUUAGUUCAUAUUCAAUUACUUGGAAGAUAUUCUAUGCAUAGAAACGACAUUUUUCCUGGAGAUUACAUCAUUUCAAGUUAUACAAUUGGAUAAUAUAUCAUAAUAAUAGACUAGCAUAAUGCUUGUUAUUAACAAAUAAUUACAUCUUUAACAAACAAUUAAUAAAUAUCCUUUUUGAUCAUUUUAGGCAAGUAAUCUUAUAGCGUCCGAUAAUCCAAAUGAGAAUGAUGAUCAUGAUGACCAUAAUGAUGAUAACUCCAUUGACGACGAUAAUAACGAUGAUGACGGUGAUGAUGCUGAUGCUGAUGCAUGCGGAUAAUGAUGAAUGCAUGAAUAAAACUCAAGCACAACAUAAUUUCAUUCCUACAAAUAAUCCAUCUUUUGAUGGAGAAAUUUCUACUCCAUCUACAACAUUACAUCACUUAGAAAACAUCGACAAUAUUUCAUUGAAACCAGAUAAACAAUAUUGAAGACUUUUUGAACUACUGUUAAAAUGUCAGCAGGAAAUCCUGAUCGAAUUGUCUUUUUUUUUUUUGUUACUUGAAACUAAUUUUUGGGGUUCAAUCUCAUAGAUUGGGUUGAUAAACUUGAGAAUAGAGAAUGAUGAUAUAAUCAAUUCAACAUUAUAUCCAACUUAUGUUUUUAACAAAGAAUCCCCUAGAGACAAACAAGUACAACAAAUAGAAAAUAAAAUAGAUAUAAUAAAUAAUAAUUCAAUUCAUUUAUACCAAAAAAAUCAUUUUCUUUAUACACCAUAUGAAAUGAAUCAGUUGAAUUAUAAAAACAAUCAUAUCAUUAUUAAUACUAAUGGUGAUAAUGGUAACAGUAGUAAUAGUACUACUACUACAACUAUUAAUAGUAGUAUUCAAGAUACAUCAAGUACCGCAACCAAAAACUACCCGGAUAAUAUUCUCCUUAAUAAUAAUAAUAAUAAUAAUAAUAAUAAUAAUAAUAAUAAUCCAAUCAAUUCAUCAUUGUUACAACAAAAUGAUGUAAUAUCUUCCUCAAAUGAUUUCAUUCAAUUAAUCAAUUCAAAUAAUGACAUAAUAAUGAAACAAACAAUUGAAACUGAAUUUCAACAUUAUAAAGAUAAUGAAGAAAUAUUAUUAACAAAUUAUGAAAAUAAUAAUUUUACUAGUGAAUCUAGUAAUAAUACAAUAGAAAUACAAAUUAUAUCUAGCGAUGAAGAUGACGAUCAUAAUACUAAUGAUGGUGAUGAUGAUGAUGAUGAUGUCGAUAUAAAGGUGACAGCAUCUAAUCAAGAAAUUAAUGAUUUAUCAUUGAAAUCUAAAGAUUAUGAUCAUCAUCAUCAUCAUCAGAAGCCUGAAAAAUUGAUUCUUCCAAUGACAUCACAACAAUUACAACAUUGUCUCAAUAAAGCUCUUCUUAAAGCAUCAUAUAAUGGUUUAAUUGAUCAUAUUGAAUUAUUGUUAAAUACUGGUGCAAGUAUAUAUGCAUUAGAUAAAUAUGGAAGAUCAUGUUUACAUUUAGCAGCAAAAUUUGGACAUGUAAAAGUUAUUGAAUAUCUUUUAAAGUACAUUCCAGAAAAACUAAUCGACCUACAAGAAUAUAAGAAGAAUCAAACAGCACUACAUAAAGCCGCAUCAAGUCGAAGAAGGAUCAUUUGCAAAAUUCUAAUCAUAGCUGGAGCCUGUCCAACAAUUACUGAUAUUUAUGGGAAACAACCAAGUAAUUUAGCAUUAAAAGCAAAUGACCUACAACUUGCUACUUACCUAAAAAGAGAAGAAAUAUUGUUUAUUAUUAAAAAUGGAAUUGAGAAAGUAGAUGUGUAAAAUGGACGAAUGAAGUAACUUUACAAUGCAUUCCAAACAACCAAUUAACAUUGGAACAUUUCCUAUCACUAGAAUAGAACUCUUGCACAAU